AUGUUUCUCUAUAAUUUAACGCUUCAGAGAGCUACUGGCAUAACACAUGCUGUUCAUGGUAAUUUUUCUGGUACAAAACAACAAGAAAUUGCUGUUUCUAGAGGAAAAAUUCUGGAACUUUUAAGACCAGAUGCAAAUACAGGAAAAGUACAUACAUUACUUACAGUUGAAAUAUUUGGAGUAAUAAGAUCGAUGAUGGCAUUUAGAUUGACAGGUGGUUCUAAAGUAAAACUUGUGAAAGCUAAAAUUACAUGGGAACUUUCCAAAUUAGGCAGGCUUUCUGUUUUAGGCAGUAGUACAGGAAAGAAUACAGAAAUGUUUCUCUAUAAUUUAACGCUUCAGAGAGCUACUGGCAUAACACAUGCUGUUCAUGGUAAUUUUUCUGGUACAAAACAACAAGAAAUUGCUGUUUCUAGAGGAAAAAUUCUGGAACUUUUAAGACCAGAUGCAAAUACAGGAAAAGUACAUACAUUACUUACAGUUGAAAUAUUUGGAGUAAUAAGAUCGAUGAUGGCAUUUAGAUUGACAGGUGGUUCUAAAGGUGAAUAA